AUGGGAUAUCUGUGCAUGCAAAAGCCCAAGAUUGAUCGGAAGAAGCUCGGGGCGCUUAGCAAGGUUACGCCUUCCUCCGUCAGAACUGUCCACACUAAGGGCCGGCGCACCCUCGAGAAAUGGGAGGAGACGGUGAUAUCCGGGGCUACGAAGAAAGCCGAGGAACAUGAACGAAUCGAUGAGGAUAACCCUGAUGAGGCUGUGGAGGCUGCACAUGUCGAGGAUACCGAGAAUUAG